AUGGCGAAGUACACUGUGGACGCGACAGGGCAGCAGGUGCCGACGAAGGGUUCCCCGCAUUAUUUGUCGCAAGAUCGACCACUGACGGGAAGAGAGCGUGCCGACAAAGACAAGAUGGAAAAAGGUGUGCGCUCAGCUACAGCAGGCGAGAACGCCGCAAACCAGCAGAACCCGUCAAUUGCCAGAAGCAUGUCUCGGUACCGACGCAAUCGACCUUCUGCACGGACCGACCCAUCGGCCGCUUCGACAACACCUCCAACCCCUGCGCUUCCAGAUCAUGCGAAAGUUCAAUCUGUACCUCCCCUGCCAAGAAGCGCUCAGCAAACGCUGGGGGCGGAGGAUGAGCGUGCGAAAGAGCAACACCGGCUGAAUGCCAUGGAACAGUUGACAGGCGGGGCGAUUGCGGUUCAAUCAAUCCCGUCGCGGUCUGCAAAGACAGCGAGAGAAGUCCAGCCGAGGAAGGGGUUACAUAAAGAUGGCUCCGCAACGACAUCACCGACGACAUCAUCGCAGGUGGUUCAGUCAGGGAGACGUCGAGCUGACCCUCCACCUUCCUCCGGUGACAACAACCGCAAGUCGCUCCUGCAAAAGGUUGGGCUCUCCAAGCCGAAGCAGCCCCUCAAUGCUGGCGAGCGCUUAGUGCUGGUGAAGUUUCGAGAUGCUACUGCGAAGAUGCCCGUGACUCCGUACACCCAGGUGCAAGAUGUACUGGCGUCCGCUUCCCAACACAUCUCACACGAUAUUGAUCCCGCCACUUUCAUCCUGAUUGAAUCCUUCCAACAGAUCGAUUUGGAACGACCCUUGCGCCGGUACGAGCGCAUCCGAGAUGUCAUGAACUCCUGGACUCUGGAUAGCGAUGGCGUCCUCAUUAUUGUCCCGCCCUCGAGUUUGGAAGCUAUCGCUCAGCUCGAGGCUCAGAGUGUUCCUGCCGAGAAACCCGCCGAGGCUACUGUCUACCUCUACCACUCCCACCGUCCCCGCAAGUGGGACAAACGAUAUGUCACACUCCGUGCAGAUGGGCAGGUGACAGUCGCCAAGAAAGAAAACUCGAAGGAUAGCACCAACAUCUGCCACUUAUCCGACUUUGAUAUCUACUCCCCGAAUGUCCGAUCGCUUGCGAAGCAACUCAACCCACCAAAAAGGAUUUGCUUUGCAAUCAAGAGUCAGCAGAAAUCUUCCAUGUUUCUCUCAACGGAAAACUUUGUGCACUUCUUCAGCACCAACGACCGCGCUGUGGCGGAUAGGUGGUACGAGGCUGUCCAAGGCUGGCGCAGCUGGUAUCUCGUGAAUAAAGUGGGCGUUGCGGAUCCGGUCAAAAGGCCAGAAGAUGUGGAUCAUAAGUCUUCAAUGUUGCAACCCACGAUGACCAUGACUUCCCAGAAGCGAAGUGUACUUACCGAUACCCCUCGGCUAGAUCGUCAAAACAGUGAGCCAGAGCCUUGCCGUUCCAAAGAACAUGCACAAAAAGUGAGAUCCGAGAUGUCUGUUUCUCGCAGAAAGACCACUCGCGAUCAUAGGCCACCCCCCAGCUCUCUUCCCAAGACUCUUGCCAUCGAUACCAAUACGAUUACAUCUCAGGCGCUCCCUUCUCAGGGAUCGUUGUCUGCCACUGAAGCCCUGAAUGACUCUGUCUUCACAUCUUCUGGCCUAUUGGGUAGAACAUAUACCCAGCGACAGCAAGCGAUGCGUGAGCGAGAAGAGAGCGAGAAACGGGCGACGCAAGAUCCGUUUGCUAGUCAAGGACUCGUGGGUGGAAGCCCUAUGUACUCUCCGGCGGCUCAGUCGAGCAGCCGCACCAAUACACCUACCCAGGCCGAUGCUGCCGCGUAUCUGGGGCGUACCCAAUCUAUCAACCAGACUCAGAAACCGCUGGUCGACUUGACUCCGGUCUUCGUGGAACCACCGCAGCAUACGCGCAAAGGUCGCGGCAUCACCAUUGAGCCUGGAAGACAGUUGAUCGACGCAGCCACGGGACCCGAUUUGUCCCCCGGCAUUGUGGCGGUUCCCUCGGCGACCUCCUGGCGCCGACCUUGCGCCGAAAUCUCCUCCCAGUCCCGGUACCGCUCGAAUACCAUGCGCAGCGGGCGACAGGUCUCUGCACCCGUUCAGAGCCCAGCCUCCCACUCCGCCGGGGCUAGCCCGGCUUCUCCAAAUAGUCCAUAUCUGGCGAACAGUCUGCUAGCAGCGGCGAGCCGGAAGACGAGCAAUAUCCAGGGCCAGGGCAAGGCAACAGGAGGGCACGGCGUCGCAACAGGCGACCGCAACGCAACACGUCCAUUGCUCGAUAUGUCAGCCGAUAACCCCUUUGCGGAAGGCAGUCUGCUUCGGCAACUGUAG